AUGUACAACGAUGAGAGCGUGUUGGAGCAGCAUCAUUUGGCCGUCGCUUUCAAACUUCUUCAAGAUUCCAACUGUGACUUCCUGUGCAGUUUGUCGAAAAAGCAACGGUUGCAGUUCCGGAAGAUCGUCAUCGAUAUGGUUCUCGCUACCGAUAUGUCAAAGCACAUGUCCCUGUUGGCCGAUUUGAAAACGAUGGUGGAAGCGAAGAAAGUCGCCGGAAACAACGUGAUCGUUUUGGAUAAAUACAACGAUAAAAUCCAGUCGGAAAUUCGUAGAAUUUCUCUAGACUGGCGACAAGGCGAUCGGGAGAAAGAGCUCGGUAUCGAGGUGUCACCGAUGUGUGACAGAGGGAAUGUCACCAUCGAAAAGUCACAGGUUGGCUUUAUCGAUUACAUAGUCCAUCCAUUGUACGAGACGUGGGCCGAUCUGGUGUAUCCGGAUGCGCAGAACAUUCUUGAUCAGCUCGAGGAGAAUCGUGAAUGGUAUCAGUCACGAAUUCCUGAAGAGCCUGAAUCGGCUCGUUCCGAGAACUCGUAG